GUCGUUUGUUCGAAUUUAUAGGCUUUAAAAAGCGCCCGCUUUUUCAUAACAGGAAAGUAAUGUUUCAGAUCAACAGAUUUCUAUUAAGAUGGAUUUCUUUCUACUUAUUUCAUUUUUUAUGGUGUUAACAAAUAAUGCUGGGAUUGAAGCGCAUCCUCCUCAUCCAGUGAGAUGUCCAAUUACUGUAUGUCCACCAGCAUGCAGAGUUCAGAUAGUUCCUGGCAUACCCUGUCCUGGUUGCUUCUGUCCAUCCUUACCACGCCCAGUGCGUCCUGUUCCACCACCACCACCACCUCCUGGACGGUAUUUCCCACCUCCACCGCCUCCCCCUCCACUUCCUCCUUAUGGAAGACAUCCGAGACCACAAUUUCCACCUCCACCUAAUGGACCAUACCACAGACAUCCUCCACCACCUCAUCCAAGACCACCGCCUCAACCUCCUCAUAAAAAAUUGUUUAUACCACCACCGCCACCUCCUCCUCCACAAAGAAAAUAUGCAUGAGUACUUACCAUAAUCGAUGAAAAUGUAUAAAAGAUGA